AUGGUUGCCUACGAUGAGGAGGUGGUUGAUGAGAAGCUACAGUUGGAUGUGGACACAGUUGUUGAACUUCAUUUUCAUGUUCUUCUGCUUGGAAUCCAAUCUACAGAAAAUAAAAGGAAAUGUCAGAAGAAUAUAACAGGACAUUGUAAAUUCCCACAUGGAACCAACAAACCCAUAUCAAACUUGAUUGUACUCAGGGAUAAUCAUCAUUUUUCCAUACAAGUGUAUACUGCAAAAUACCUUCCAAAGAAUAUAAGCAAAGGUAACGGAAUGGCAGCGUGGCGGAGAAGUUGGCGUGUCAGACUUGCAAUCUGGAGGUCCUGGGUUCUAUUCUCACUCUUGCUACUUGUUGGAUUUGUUCUCAGUCAUCCCAAGUUCAAAUCCACAGCUACUGGUUGCCUCCUGCCAGUUGGGGUUUUUCAUCCUGUUAUGUUGUAUUUGAAUUAUUUGUUUCUAUUAAGUAUCUGA